AUGUCGAGGGCGCCCAUUCUCAUUAAGGAUUUGGUCAAGGGAAACCAAGUAUGGAAAAUGCUUAUCCGGGUUGUUGAUAUGUGGGUUGUUAUUGAGAAAAAUGGACAACAACACCUUGAAAUGGUUAUUCAAGAUGGAAAGGGUGAUAAGAUUCAUGUGACCACUUGGAAAAGAGACUUCCAAGAUUGGAUUGAAGUUGUCAAAGAGCAUGAGACAUUUUAUCUUUAUAAUGGAGAGCCGGUUGAUAACGAUGGGCCUUUCAAAGUUUGUUUUAAUCCACUCAAGCUCAUCUUCAAUGGAGGUACCACCAUGACAAAAGCUGAUAUUCCUGAAAUACCAACUCACAAAUACAAUUUUCACCCUAUUGAGCACUUUCUCAAAGGAAACUACAAGCAUGAUAUGUUGUAUGAUGUUAUCGGGGUAUUGCAAGAUGUUUUGAAGACACAGAUGGGAGGUGGUGGUAGGAAAUCUUGCGUCAAUAUCACAUUACGUGAUGUCGAAGGCAAUGUUAUCGAGCUGGCGUUAUGGGGUGAUUACGGAAAGCAGUUCAUCAACUACACUACCCCGGAUAACUUUUCUGGUCCUACUAUUAUAAUCUUGACACAUGCUUGGUGCAAGAUAAAUACAGGUUUGAUUAAGUAUACAUAUAACAUGUCAUAG